CUCACCAGAUGCAAGUCCGCUAUCCGUACUUUGGAUCUGAUCUCUUGGCGCAUGUAACUAACUUAUUUCCAAAGAUACCCAGUAGUUAUUGACGGAUACGUUAUCUUGAGAAGACGCUGCAUUCACUAUUUGUCCAUAGGGACGCUGGUCCAGGAGAGAAGAUCACAUCAGAGCUACGCAGUAAGGUUUCCAAAUCCAAGAACUCGGUCAGCUGUACACCCUGACAGUGCCAUAAACUGAACUCCAUGUAAAGUGUGAGUCUGAGGUUUGUGAGUGUCUGCCCCUGUGGAUACCAGAGCCUUUGUUCCUUUUUGAAUAAAAUAAUCAAGUUGUCACACUUGAGUGGACUUGGGUUUUCCAGCUUUCAGCAGAAGGGAAAAGGAGGCUUUGCCAAAGGGUCUGGGCAUUGGGCUCCUCAUUAAUAGGACAGUAAUUUGUGGCCAUAGUGGGUGGCAUCUUCCAGCUGGUGCAUGGACAGGGCGUGGCUGUGCCACCGUGUGUGUGAGCCAGCAGCGUCCGUUCAACCCUCCUCGCCCUCACACACACACACAGACAGACAGACAGACGUGCAGGCCAAUAGAAAGGCCCAGACUCAGACAGACCAGCCAAUAGAGAGAGACGCAGGACCAUGCCGCUGGGCAUUAGGCGGAGAAAGAAGGCCCCUCCCCUGGUGGAGAGCGAGGAGGCGGAGCCGGCCCGGGCGGGGCUGAAUGUGGACGGCUGGGAGGGCGUCGGGGGAGGGCGGGGCGCAGGAGGGGAGCAGGGCUCUCUGGAGGGGCUGCAGCCGGGCCUGCCCCCUCCGCCCCUGGGCCUGCGGCCGCGCCUCACCUUCCACACCCAGCUGGCGCACGGCAGCCCCACAGGACGCAUCGAGGGAUUCAGCAACGUGCGCGAGCUCUACGCCAAGAUCGGGGAGGCCUUCGCCAUCGCGCCGACUGAGGUGAUGUUCUGCACGCUGAACACUCACAAGGUGGACAUGGAGAAGCUCUUGGGCGGGCAGAUUGGGCUGGAGGACUUCAUCUUCGCCCACGUGAAGGGGCAGAAGAAGGAGGUUGAGGUGUUUAAGGGCGAGGAGGGCUUGGGCCUUACUAUCACCGACAAUGGAGCUGGGUACGCUUUCGUCAAGAGAAUUAGAGAGGGAAGCGUCAUUGAACAGAUGCACGUGAUCAGUGUGGGGGACAUGAUAGAAUCCAUCAACGGGCAGGAUUUGAUUGGCUCCCGACACUACGAGGUCGCGAAGAUGCUGAAGGAGCUUCCCAAGGGGCAGAACUUUCGUAUGAAGUUGGUGGAACCAAUGAGGGCCUUUGACAUGGUGGGCCAGCGGGCGGGAGGUGCCAGGUCCAGUUUGGGGGCGCAGAUUGGAACAGGACGGGGGACACUGCGCCUGUGGGCCAAGGGACCCGCUACUGUGGAGGAGCUGCCCUCUGCGUUUGAGGAGAGGGCCAUUGAGAAUGUGGACGACCUGCUGGAGAGUUAUAUGGGGAUCCGAGACAAAGAGCUGGCGGCCACCAUGGUGGAGUUGGGGAAGGACAAAUGCCACCCAGAUGAGUUCGCAGAGGCGCUGGACGAGACGCUGGGCGACUUUGCCUUCCCAGACGAGUUCGUGUUCGAUGUGUGGGGCGCCAUCAGCGACGCCAAGGUGGGCCUGGCGUAACCAUGGAAAUCCAACACGAUGGAACAGCUUAUGGGAGACCGCAACCCGGCUUUCAUGGAGCACCUGAAUUCUGGGACACUUUUUUCCACUGUUUAGCAUUAUCAUUAGUUGUAUUGUUUUUAUUAUCAUGUUUUCAUUAUUUGCAUUUUUGUACGUUUUCCUUUGGGAGACUAUGCAGUAGAGAUGAAUUUUGAUCUGUGAGACAUGGGAGGUUGAAGCCCUGCAAAAAUCUGUCCUGGGAAGUGUUUUUGUUUUGUAAUGAGACUUAAAAUCUUUUUUUUUUUCUCUGAAGUAGAAAAUGCUUGCUUGUUUUCAGUUACUAUUUGCUUGAAAAGUGAAAUUUUCUUACCGCCCCAAAUAUUUGGUGAGUGAAUGAGUCAAACUCUCUCACCACAUUGGCAAUGUUUUAAAUAAUAGUCUUAUUUAGCAAAAGGUAAUAUUAUAUAUAUAUAUAUAUAUAAUUUUCAGUCUAGACUAAAAUACUUGUUGAGAUUGACAUAUAUAUAUUCUUUUGCAGUGAAAGUCUGUUCCUCACUGCAAAUAGGUUUUAUUGUAUUAUUAUUAUUGUUUUACUAUGGGGCAAACAGGGAUAGUUGUUGAAGUAUCUGGCCUAUAUCCUUGAUGGAAAAACAUAAACAAAGUGUGGUUCCAGUGCCAUCAGGUGUGGCCUUUAACUUGUGUGUUAGAGGUGGGGCUGCCAGGACCACACAGUCGGGGUGAGUUGGGCCAUGGGGCGGUUGUGUUAAAGGUCUAGUUUUAUACACACAAACAGAAUCUGCAUCUCACUGCAAAACCUGAAGUGAAGUAGCAGAUGUAGACACUAGCAAUGCGCAAUGAAGUGCUGAUGUAGCAUUCACACGGUAAAAUGCAUGCAAAUCCGUAAUUACACUCAGUGCCUGUGCAGAGCUGAAAUAGUAGGACACUUGCACUUAGCCUCCAUGAAAUGGAGUCAAAUCAGUGUCCGCUGAAAAUCUGCAUUCGUGCACGUGCAUUUUUGGGAGACUGCCAAAAUUGGGAGGAAUAUAUGCACAGAAAUGUGAUCAAUCUAGAACUGAAAGCAUUUUUUUCCCAAAAAUAUGAGCUAUGGUUCAGGCAUAGCAGUGUUGCUAUGUUCUUGGCAUUCAGAGAUCAAUGAAAUUCGAAUACAGUUAAAACAUGCUGAAAACUUAUCCACUGCUUGAAAACUUGGGUUCCAUAUUAUCCAAGGUCACUUGGAUUACAUGGAACCACUAAGCUUCCUGCAGCUUUUCUCCAGUGUUUGUCCAUAACUCUGGAUUGAGUUGUCUCACAAUCCAGAUUCAACACUGCUCUGUCCAUUGUUUU